CUCCACAGAAAGUGCAUACGUAUGACCCCCCGAGACUAGUUUGUUGUUGGUCUGAGAAACGUAGGUGCCUCGGCUCGGUUACCUGGCUGCCGCCUGUUGCCCCUUUGCCCCCUCCACUCUGGUGCGCCGCGUUUGAAACACAACAUCAGUCGACGCCCACCACUUGCAUCACACUCAAGUGGUACCCAGCAACUCCCUUCGACUCGGAGCACGCAAAUCUACCUUCCUCUGACUCGGUUUCUUCGGUCCCGAUAACCUUCGUCGCCGCUUAGCAGCCAACAAGCAGCUCGACCGCUUUUCGUCGCGCUGCACCACCUCUCGGAACGCCGCAAGAGCGAGACACACACCAACAGCUCCGAGCUAGUUGGUCUGUCCCGCUGUCCUUGCGCGUCUCUGAGACUCGCAACAUCGCAUGCCCAACCUCCACGCGCACUACUACCAUGGUAAUGUCAAGGCGUUCCGUCAAGAGCUGGACGGAACGGCUACCCACGCGCAAGCUGGAUCCGGCAGCAGCAGCGCCAACGGAGGCACAGGCAAGAGCCUGAACCCCGGCAGCGCGUCGGGUGGCCGUAGCUGGUCAGCAGGCGGCUUCACCUGCCCGCCCGUCAAGGCCGACCCCAAUGAGCGCGAUGGCCUCGGCAGGACAACGCUCCACCUUGCGGCCUCGAGCCUCACACCACAGGCAUACACGUUCUUCACUAUUCUGCUGAGGAGCCCGAACCUGUCGGUCAACCUCCAGGACUACGAGUCGGGGUACACGGCCCUCCAUCGCGCACUGUACGCCGGCAACAUCCGGGCCGCGCGUGAUCUUCUUGCGAGGAGCGAUACCGACAUCUCGAUCAAGGACGGCGAGGGAUUGACGGCGUUUGAUCUCUACAACGGGACGGUCGAGGGGACAAACCCGCCGACUGAUGUCGACGGCACCGAUCUGUAUGCCUGGGGCGUUAAUCGCAACUUUGCUCUCGGAACUGGCGAUUCGACAGACAAGGCGUUCCCAGACAGAAUCAACCUCCUCACCCAGCGCCAGGCGAGCGAUAAUCCCGACCCGGCUCAGCGCUUCUUCCAUGUUGGCAUCAAGGAAGCCAAGAUGGCGAGGUUGCACACGACAGUCGUGACGAACGAGGCUCGGGGUAACCUCAGCUUAUCGGGCUUUGGGUCUGGUGGACGCCUUGGCAGAAGUGUUCACUCGCAGCUGUCCCUCCUCCCCCUUCCUGACUUGCAGCACACGAUUGUGGGGACGGCACUCGGCCAGGACCACACUCUGGCUCUCACAUCUGGGGGAUACAUCCUCUCGUGGGGAAACAACCGGUUCGCUCAGCUUGGGUACGCGAUCGAGGCGCCCGAGGUGCCCAACCCGUUCGCCAAGGACGGCGACGAGCUCGUCCAGGCCCAGCCAAAGCGUAUUAUCGGCCCCCUGAAGAAGGAGUGGGUCCGUGGUGUGGCUGCAGGCCGCAUGUCAAGUGCAUGCUGGACGGCUGAUGCCGUGUGGACAUGGGGCACCAACCUCGGCCACCUCGGCUAUGAGAAGGCGGCCAACCCCGUCCAGGUGAACCCGCGCAAGGUCACCUCCAUCUCACAACCCGUUAUCGACGUUGCGCUAUCCGACUACGCCAUGCUCUGUCUCCUCGACUCGUACGAAGUGCUCUGCUUCCACCACGAUACCAACUUUAAAAUCAACUUUGGCGGCCCUCAGAGGUCACUUAGGACUCCUAAAAACCCAGGCCAAGUCAGCCUCGACCCCGAGAUCCGCAAGGUCACCUCGUGUGGCCUCACCUUUGCCACCCUAUCCAGGAAAGGUGAUGUCUGCACCUUCCAGCUGCCUCACCCAUCGGAAGAGGCCACCAAGGACGCGCGUGACCGAUAUGUCACCGUUAAGCCUCAGAUUCAGUGGGCGCUCCGCAAGAACUUCACUGCCGUCAGGGAUCUUGCCCUCGGCUCGGAUGGCACGCUGAUCGUGUCCACCGCCUCGGGCCACGUAUUCGUGCGACAGCGGUUAAAGGCUGGCUCUGGCCAGCUCAAGUUCAGGCGCGUGCCGUACCUGCAGCGAAUCAUCAAGGUCGCGUGCAACGAGUCUGGCGCGUUCGCGGCGGUUCGCGUGGACGCCAAGCCCACGCCCAUCGAGUACAAGGGCAAGACGUUUGAGGAAGACUUGUUCCUCUUACAGCCUCACUUCAGGCGAUUCGAGCACCAGAUGACCGACGAGGACUUUGAGCGUCACCAGUCGGCUGCCAAAGCCACAGACGAGGACGAGGACGAAGGGUCUAACCCGGUCGCCCACGACAUUACGAUGGCAAUCUCGAUGUGCCAGAUCUUGGAGCGAUGGCAGGCGACAAGUAGCGACUCGCUGUUUGCCUGGGGCCAGCCGCUGCUUGGUAGCGAUAUCAAGCUGGUUGUCGGCGAGUAUGCCAUCCCAGCACACAGCGUCUUGCUAUGCCUUCGGACACCAGUGUUCGCCCGCGCUCUCUCUGGCGCAAAGGUUGACGGCAUUACGCUCGGCAAGGAUGGGGAUGGACCGACGCUCGAGCUCGACGCAUGUCACCCCCUCGUUGCUCUCCUUCUCCUCCAGUUCCUCUACUCGGACAACAUCGCAGCUGUUUGGGACUCGAGAGUUGCCCACAUUCUCCAGGACAAGUUCAAGGAUCUCAAGCUGCCCAUCGGGGAGAUCAAGGCCGACGUGCGUCGGUUCGCAGAGGUUCUUGAGCUCGCCCCUCUUUCACCUGUCCUGCAACUCUUGUCAAAAGCGCCAAUCUCUCAGAGUACAUUGGCCCCCGACGUCGCCACGUUCUUUGAGCAGACGUCGACACCGCCGUCCGACCUGUGCGAUAUGAUUGUCUCGCUUGCAGACCGCGAUGUCGCGUGCCAGUCGGUCCUGCUGCGCGCACGUUGCCCGUUCUUCGAGUCCAUGUUCGCCGACGGCGAAUGGGCUGUCGAGCGUGACGAGAACAACAAGGCCGUGAUCGACAUGCCCCACCUUCGCUGGCGGCCAAUGAACCUCGUGUUCAGGUUCAUCCACGAGGGUGUCGAGGACGACCUUUUCGACUACCUCCACCAGGAGACGCUCGACGAGUUCUUGGACUUUGUGUUCGAGGUCAUGGCGGCCGCAACAGAGUUGCUAAUGGACCGUCUGGUCCUCGUGUGCUCGCGCGUCAUCGCCCGACACUGCAACCCGUACAACGCGGCGGCGUUGGCUGUCGAGGCAUCGUUCUACCAGGCGACGACGCUCAAGCUCAGCAUCUUCGACUACAUCAUUGCGUGCAUGGAGACCAUGCUGGAAAGCGGUCUCCUGGACGACAUGGACGAGGACGUCAUGAAGGACCUGUGCGGCGUCAUUGCGGCCAAGCAGCGUGACAAGGCCAUUGUGCCGAGGACCGGUCUGCUUGUCGACGACUUGAUGGCCAAGCACCGCGAGUGGAUUGCAGUGCAGGACAUACCUGUUCCUCGGAUUCGCGUUCCUCAAAGAUGGAAGCCAAAGUCGCCACGGAUCUCACCGGCCGACACGACGUCCAUGUCGCAGAUCCACAAGCGGCCACCCAAAUCGACGCUGGGGACACCAGACUUGAAGCCAUUGCAGCCGUCGAUUGCAGACGAUGACAUCUUCUCUAUGGAUGACGAGCCGACGUUGUCAUCGUCCCCCGCUCUGGGCCCGUCGCCGGGCUCACGGGGUGCCGCUACACCGAACACACGGCCUAUUACCCCUCUCAACUUGCCAAGCAGCUCGGCUGGCGCGGGUAAGGGAGCCGUGUGGAAGUCGAGGACGGUGGAGUCGGAGAAGGUCGACUUGCGCAGUAUUAUGGCCGAGGCCGCGGCAACGAAGAGACCGGCAGUGCCGACCACCCCGGCGUCCAAGCUUGGUACAUCGCCAUCACUUGGAUCGUCUCCUCGGAUGACACCAGCAGGCCCGCCACGAGCAUCGACUCCAGGUAGCUCGGGUUCGCCAUGGCGUGCGGUGGACACACGGAGGACGUCGCUCACGGGCAUCCAAAACCAGCAGUCGGCACCGCCUGCUGCCAGCUCGGCCCUUGCUCGUGCGGCUACGUCUCAGGCGUCGCCCGCACCGCAGCGCAACCUCAUCACACCGGUCAAGAUGCAACCGGCAACAGUCACGCCGCGACGAGCGGCAGGAGGCGCGGCAUGGGCAACGCCGACAACGUAUGCGGCUCCGCAGCCUCUGGCCGGGCCGAGCACAUCUCCCGCUGCGUCCAGCAUGCCUGCAUUCUCGUUGCUGGCUAUCCAGCAGGAAGAGCGCCUGGCCGCCGAGAAGACUACCCCCAGAGCACCAAAAAGCUUCACCGAGAUCCUCAAGGAGGAGAAGGCCUCCAAGGCUGCGGCCAAAGAGGAGGAGAACUUCUUGCGCUGGUGGCAGGAGGAGGAGUCUAGGCAGAAGGCGGCGACGGGCUCCUCGGGUUCGCAGCCAGGCGCUGCGGCUGCGAACAGUGGCCGGGGCCGUGGCCGAGGAGGGCAACAGCAGACCCGCGUCGCGAAACGUGGGGGGCGCGGCGGUGGCGAGGGCCCAGCCAAUGGAGACAACCACGACACGGCGGACACGCGGGGUGGGUCCGGCGGCGCUGGCGCUGGUGGCCGUGGGCGAGGCCGAGGAGGCGGCAAACACGGCGGGCGCAACUCGAACGGCGGCAGCAACGGGGCUGAGGAGGCGACCAAGCCGAACGGCAACGGUGCACCGAAGGCGAAUGGCCAGAGUGCCGCGGUGCUCAAGGCCAGCGGUAGCGCCAACUCCCCCGACGGCCCUGCCAACGGCCGGACCCCUGGCGAGCCGAGACGGGCCAGAGGACAGCGAGGAGGUGGAGGGAGGGGAGGCAAGGAGGCAAAGGAGGACAAGCCGAAGGCAGUAGUCGUGUAGUGCAGACAAUUGAAGUGCAUCCAACCAUAUUCUCUAUCAUCAUACACAGCUAUAAGUACGGCAAUGCAUGGGUAGGGAAGAGGAA